AUGGGUAAAACUGGUAAAGGUAAAGGUGGUAAGAAUAGAAGAAGAGGUAAGAAUGAUAACGGUGGACAAAAGAGAGAAUUGAUCUACAAGGAAGAAGGACAAGAAUACGCCCAAAUCACCAAGAUGUUAGGUAAUGGUAGAAUCGAAGUUAGCUGUUUCGAUGGCGAAAAAAGAAUGGGUCACAUUAGAGGUAAAUUGAGAAAGAAGGUCUGGAUGACCCAAGGUGAUAUCAUUUUGGUUUCUUUGAGAGAUUUCCAAGACGAUCAAUGUGAUGUUAUCCACAAAUACAAUUCAGAUGAAGCUAGAACCUUGAAGAAUGUUGGUGAAUUACCAGAAAAUGCUAAAAUUAACGAAACCGAUACAUUUGGUGGCGACGAAGAUGAAGACGUCAAUUUCGAAUUUGGUGCCGAAGACAGUGAAGAUGAAGAAGAAGGUGAAGAUUUGGAUAUUGAUGAUAUUUAA